AUGGUUGACGCAAUGCACGCUGCUUUUAUUAUUUCUGCAUUUGUUAUAUCUGCAACAAACGCCAUAAGAUGUCAAAUUUAUUUUCGUCGAGGAAAAUCAGCAUCAAAGAUCAAUGAAACAGAGGAUUGUGAAUCAAGCUCUUGCUGUUUUACAGCUGAAUUACAUCACAAUCGUCACAUAUUCCAAAUAAAAGGUUGUGAUGCAGAUGAUAUACAGGAUGAUAUGUUAAUUUAUGUUCCAUCACUUACUGGAAAACCAUGGGAAAAUAUCAUGGAAGCAUGUUUGGCUAGCGAAUGCAGAGUGCAUAGUGAUUUAUUAGGUGGUAAAGGUGAAAGCUAUUUAUGCGGAUGUGAUACGGACUAUUGCAAUGAAAAAUCAUUUCAAGAUACAUUUCCACGACUUAAAAAUAAUAAUAAUAAUAAUACAGCAUCUAAGUUAUUGUGUUUGAUAGAUUUAAUAACAUCAGGUGAAAAUUUGGAACUUCGAAGUAUAAGAUUUGGAUGA